ACAUGUUGACAGCCAGUGAGAUUCAGCAGCUGACUAGCGCACACAACAGGAUCAGGUCGGCCAAGAACAGGGACCCCUUGACAUGGGAUCCGUAUCUUGAGCGCUGGGCGCAGUGGAUUGUUAGGUGUCACUCAGACUACCCUGGGCCAGCGCAUAGCUACACUAACUUCGAAAGACUUGAACUGGGAGACGACCUUUACCGGAAGAUUUGCAGCUGGCCCUCAGAAGGUCAAGUAGCCAAUAUACAGCUGAUCCAUGCAUGCAGAACUCCGUACGACGAAUCUCGGUGUAACCAUUACACGAAUGUAA